AUGGUUGUACAAGAAAGGGGUGAAAAAAUACGUAAGCUAAGCAGGCUGACAACAGAAUGGAAGGUCAACAAAGAUGAAGCUGUGCGACUGAUCGACUUCCACAUCGUCUUGAAGAAUAUCGAAGCAGCACAACAAAUUCUCAAGCAAGCAGCGAUCGACUUAGCGUCUUGGGCUGUGGAAGAAAAAGUUGAGCCAUCGAAAGCGAACGCUAUUUGGGGUGCUUUGUGUUCGUCACCGUUCUCUCGUGCGGUCAUUCGAAUCUAUCAGUGCCCAAAGCUAUUCAUCAAAGCAAUCAUGGUGAAAAAUUGGGUUGCUGCCGACGUCAUUGCUGCUGAUAUGGCCAAGCGUUUUACU